AUGGCACCUUUUUCCGGGGAUGGCGUGCUAUGGCUAUGUCUAGGCAUAUCGCUUUUCUUCGCCGUACGCGGAAUUGCCACAGAUCUGCGUCAAGUGGUUGAUCUGACGGAAGUUAAACAUGUUGAUCGGGAAGAGAAGAUCAUCAGUGAGGGGACCGAGGAGGCUCUCAAACUAGAUACCCUACUGAAGCUCUCGUCGAGUACAAGCCAUGACCUACGAGCUGCGUAUGAAGGCCCCACAUCCGAUGCUGCAUCAACUAUUAACACACCAAGCAGAGCCCUCCGCAUUAUUGCCGAACGAUCGACAAAAGGCGAGACUCGUGAUAUUCUGCUAGAUGAUCUAUCGAGCAAGGACAAAGUCCGACAAGGUCGCGCUCUUACUGCGCUUAACUUUCUUGUCUCAAACCGAGCUCGUAUGCAUCCUAUGAAACCAAAUCUACGGAUCCAAAGCUUAUCAUUUACAGUAUCCCGAACGUCAGUCUGCACUCGGCUUCGCGAUCUUCCUGCAUAUACCGCCAUCAUCAACUGUCUCUGCAAUUUCCUAGAAGAGCAUACCGAAGUAACUUAUCCGACAACUUCACCCGUUCUUGCCAGGACUCGGCCACUUGGAGAGAAGAAGGCACUGCAAAUUCUCAAUAUCCUGCUUCCCGAAAACAUCCCGGCAGCAUUAGAGGCCGGAAUAGUGACCCGGUGGCUCACCAAAUACCCAUUUCCGUGUGCAUUGGACGAGCCAUCACGGCGACAGGAUGUGGUGAUUCUCUUGAAAACAUGGUGGUCUGACGACACCGUCAUGAGCUCCAUAUUUAGCAAUUUGACCUCACACGCAGAGGGAAUCAAGCAAUUACGCAAGCAUGGGUUAAUGGGCAGCAUGCUUGAAGAAGAGAACGAGCAAGAUGAUGACGAAGAUGAUGAUGACGACGACGACGACGACGAUGACGAGGACAGUGAUGUAUGGAUGGUUGAUGGAGAAGAUACAGCUGGAUCUUACCAAGGAUCUUCUUCGCGUAGGCCCCUAGACGGCAACGCGGAGGAACAGGCUCUUCGUCGAAGACGAAGAGAAGCUAUGGUUUUGAGUGAAGGAGGACGGCCGCUCGGGAGAAGUGAUAUCAUCCAGCGACCGCUCCAGGAUCAUUGA